CGUUAAGUUAGUUCUUUAAGCUGUUACCUUCAAAUCUGUUCAUAAACAAUUGUCUUCCUACGAAGACAAACGCUCGUCGCCGUUUUUUCGCGGGUAAUUUUCGUAAAUAUUACGUAAAAUGAGAAAUUUGCGCGCACAUUUUUCGAAUUCGAGUUUUGCGUGAAAUACGCGUGUUACGAAAAUUUGACGGCGAAUUUUCACUCGUGAUUUAUGAUUCCAUCGCUUUGUUCGCUUUGGAAAUGUGCUGUUACGGAACCACGCUAGAAUUACUAUUGGUCUUAACCGUCUUAUGCAUUGUAGCGGAGUGCAAGACAGCUUAUUUUUGGCAUAUCACGGAUUUUCAUUUGGAUUUAACAUACGAACCUGCAGAUGGAUCCUGUCAUUACAAAUAUGGCGAAGGCGGAAAAUCCACUUACGGUGAUUAUGGUUGUGAUGCAUCGUGGGCUUUGGUUGAAUCAGCCCUUCAGUUUAUGAAAAAAAAACGAGGCGACAACGUAGAAUACGUAAUAUGGUCCGGCGAUUCGAUAGCGAACAUAUCGACUUUAAAAACCAUCGACGCUCUGGCUAAGACUACGUCUUUAUUUAAACAGUUUUUUAGUACAUUUUUCGUGAUACCAGUUGUAGGGCACACUGAUAAUCCGACAUCUGAUCCUUCUAUGUACAAACAUAUAACCGAGUUAUGGAAAUUAUGGCUUCCUUCCGAAGCCUUGGAGACUUUCGCAUCCGGCGGUUACUACAGUAUCGAACAGAAAAACAGGCCUACAAUUGUAGUCUUGAAUACAAAUUAUAUGGCUUCAAAUAAAGAUCCGUUAAAUCAGUGGAAAUGGCUGGAGCACGUUCUAAGAGAAGUGCGAAGAAAAAAAAGCACUGUUUUCCUGUUCGGGCAUAUGCCUCCCGGAUUUGUUGAGCCUGGUCGUGAAUUUUUACCCAAAUGUAUGAUGUCGGAUGAAAAUAACGCCAGGUAUUUGAGAAUGAUUGAAAACAACGCCGAUAUAAUUUCUGCUCAGUUUUUUGGUCAUUUGCACGCGGAUACAUUUCGAGUGUUUUAUAAUGAUACAGGUAAACCAAUUUCAUUUGGUUUUGUGACACCUUCGAUCUCUCCGAGGGAAUAUAAUAACCCAGGUUUUCGUUUAUAUAAAUUCGACGAUUCGACCGGAAAGAUAUACGACUACGAGCAGUAUUAUUUAGAUUUACGAACAGCUAAUUCAAAGAAAUACGCCGAUUGGGUACGGGAGUACGAGUUCUGUUCGUAUUAUAAAAUAAAAAGCGUCACUGCGAAUGAAUUGCACGAUUUAGCAGUAAGCCUAACCCGCGCUAACGGAUCGCCGCUUUUUGAGCAAUAUUUAGACGCAUAUAGCGUGAAAAGUACUAAACAAGACUGCACUUCGAACACUUCUUGGUACCAUUAUUGUGCCAUCACCAAAUUGAAUAAACAAAGUUUCCAUCAAUGUUUAACUGAGAGUAAAAAAAAUCAACUGGAGUGUCCACAGUCUCAUGCUAUUGUUAUCCCACAACCAUCUCGCGGUCUUCAAUCGUCUAGCGUUGAUCAGUUAAUAAUCAACAUGCAGAUUUUAGUCGCCGCAUUUGUGUUCGUUUUUUUCAGCUCUCAGUGAGGCAGUCACCAAUAUCUACGAAAGAUAAUCAUUUAAGUACCUACCUACUUAUUUCUUGUCAUUAUGAGAUAAUUGAAAGUUUCUCGAGAAAAAAAAAACAAGUGAGUUACAUUUCCUUUUUUUUUUCCUAAGCACAAAGUUUUAAAGGCUCAAAGGACCUAUAUUUUUCCACUAAUACGUAGGUACUCUCAUUUUCCAAGUUUUGUACUUCGUACAAUAUUUACCUUGCGUUGUGAGUACCUAUCAUUUCUACAACCGUACUAGGCACUCAGAGUGUCUUACUUUUCGUAACAAUUCCCGGUAUUGCAAUACCUUAUCCCAAAAUUGUUUAGAAACAGCUCACCUGUUUAUUUUUUGGCGAGAGUUUCAGUUCAUCUCGGUGGUGCAAAUUUUCCUUUUUCUUUACUUUUGUGUGACUUUAUUUCAUUUUUCGAAUACUGACACGUACUGUGUAGAUUUUUGAAUCAUUCAAAACAUUUUCAAAAAUUUUUCAUUUCACAUUUUUUUAAAAUUUUGGAAUAAGAAAAAAUUUAAUUCCUAGGCAUCUUCAGAAUAAAUACAUGUAUUUAAUGCUUCAAUAGGAUUAUUAAAUUCCAAAGUUCGAUCAGAACUACCUACUACUAGGACUAAUUACAUAUUUUAUCACAUUUAAAACUCUAGAUACCUACUUACUAUCUACCAUUCACGAAUGAACGAAUGAAGAAGUAGAGAAACAUUUGUUCAAAUAAAUUCUGUUUGAACGAAAAGUACCUUGUAUUAGAAAAAUACCUCCCUGUAGUAAUCUUUGUGAGGCUGCUAAAAAUUCAAUGUUAUAUGUAUCGAUCAUCGAGAAAAUCUUGAUUUUACUACAUAUAAUUUAAAAUAGGUACCUAGUACCUACUUACGUAUGUAAUCAAGUUUGUACGUUGGAAACUCGAAAAUUUCAUUUUACAUUUUUUUUUUUCGUUUUACUAUCGAAAAUAUAGAAUGAUUCUAACUUACACGUAAUCGUAUUCGAAAGAAAGAAAAAGGAAAAAUUGUAAUUUUUUUAGAAUGUUGAAUUUGAAAAAUUCGAAUGGAAAAUUAUCACGUAUUUAUUCUCAGCGAAAUUAUCAUUAAAUACCCACAAAAAUUAGGUCACUGAGAUGAUUUGCACGUUUGCACAUAACAAAUUAGGUAUUCUUCGGAAUUUUUCCAAAAUAUUGUAUAGUCAUUCCAACUACAGAUGACCAAAAAAGUGGUUCUGAACGCAUCUUUAUAAUUUUUGAACAUUUUUUAAAAAAUGAAAUGGCAAAUAAAUGUCAAUUUAAGAUCAAAAAUUUCACUAUUUAUUUUGCUUCUGGUUUCAUUUGUUCAAUUUCUGUCAAUAUUUUACUUUCCUAGUAUUACCUAAUACCUACUCUGCCUGGCGAAAAAAUAAGUACCACCGGACUCUUAAAGUAAUUUCUGUAUCAAGUCUUUGUAUCGCAUUGUAGAUACGACUUUGAUUUCCUUUCGCCAGUCAGAUGUAGGUAGAAGAUGACCUUCUUUGAAUAAGUCCUUGAAAUUAUCUCGCGAAAUUUUUCCUGAUUGAGGAUAGAAGUUUUCACAUUUCAGUAUUCGAAAUAUUGAGUCGUACUUCAUUCGGUUGAUUUUAAAUAUUCACUCGAUAAACCCAAUUAUAUGUACUCGUACGUGAACUUUCCACAUUUUUCCUCGUAUACCUAGUACUUGAAUUUUAUUUGAAUAGUUGGAGGCUAAUUUGUCAGCUAAAACUUGAAGUCAUGUUCUAUGGCGCUUCUUAUUUUUAUCCUCUAAAGGUUGCGAGAAAUUUUAUUAUCAACGAUUUCAUGACUUUUGCCCCCAAGUACGAGUAUACUCUACUUCGAUAAUUUUUCAUUCAAUUUUUCCAUUCAUUUUUUUUACGUACCUAACUAAUGUAUAAAAUGUAUUAUCUGGACCAUUUUUGAAAUGUCCUGUUGUUAAACGCGGUUUUUGUACAUAUUGUACUAUUUUUGUUUUGGUUGUUUUAAUUUGUAAUUUAUAUACUUAUUUGUUAAAAUUUUCUACACGAUUCUAUCGAAUAAUGUUUACCAAAGAUUGUUUUUUUUUCGCACCAAGUGAGUUUUAAUUACCUACUUAUUUUCAUUUCUACUUUGUAUAUUCGUCGCAUCGUUAUACAUACGAAUAUGACUAUAUGUUUUUAAUCUUAUCAAAUUCGUGUUAUCAUGACUUUAAGUAUGUGCUAGCCCAUCUCUCAUCGACAGCAAUAAUUUUGGUGUAUCUUUGAGAGAAACAAAAUUGAAUUUCGAAGGAUAACAUGUUCUAGUCAUUUUGUGAAGUCUACUUUAUUAUUCCAGGCGUUGAUGUUGAUUUUUUUCUUGUUUUUAUUAUUUAUUUUUACUCGCUUUGAAAUAUUAUGAAGAAAUUUGGCGACAGUAUCUUAAUUGAGGAACAUUAAUCAUACGAUUAAAUUACCUAUAAAAUUAACACGAGCGUAUGCAAAAUCAUUAAACUUUUUUUUUAAUUACAAUUUUAUAACGUUGUAAAACGAAAGCUUAAAAUUACAAAAAUCAAACCAUAAAUGUUUGAGUUUUAUGGCAAAUAUAUACUUACUCUUGUUUUAUACAUCGUCCGAGCGAAAUUUCAAUAUAUUAUGAUUCUGUUUAUUCGUAUCGGUGGUUUUGGAAUAUUUUAGUAGGUACCUACCUCUACCUAUGCAUAAAAUUGGUUCGCAAUGUUCGAAUGUUAUCAUCUCAAAAGUCAUUAAAUAUAUCUUUGCUGUACAACCUAAGUCUUCUAUCUGGUUUCAUUGACCUAUAUUGAACAAAAAUAUGAAAAUACAUAGACGAACAUUUUAACUGUAACUAAACUUAUAAAAAUCUAUAGGUACCUACUUACAUAUAUUUCUGAAGUCAGAAAACCAUCGUUCUUUGAUAUUUUCAAAAAGUUUUGAACAAACGAACACUAAAAUUUACUUCGUUAUAUUGGAUGUGAGAAUUUCAUCGUUUCAUUUCUUGCGCCGUUUUUCUUUUCAUUCUUCGUGUAUGUAAUGAACGAAACAGUUUCUUGAAAAUUUUUUAAUCGCCAAUCAUUUCUUCUUUUGAACAAUUGAAAACUGUUUCGCUGUUUUACAUUAUCGUUUACGUACAUCAUUUUAAAGACGUGAAGUUUGCCCUUUUUAUUCAGAGACGGAUAGGAAAUCUAAAGUCAGUAGGAAAAGCAUGAUGAAUACCUUUACCUACAUAUGAGAGGGUACCAAAAUUAUCCUCGUUUUCUUUUUUCCAUAUCCUUAGGUGUAGAUAGAGAUACCUAUUGUGUUUUCCUUUUGGAUCUUAAUAUGCUGAAAAAAAAAUAGUCUACUUACGUAUCAUUCAGUGUUGGAUUGGGUGUUAAGAAGUCACUUGGAACAUGGGAAAUACCUGAGCAAUUUUUAUUCACUUAUAUGUAUAGGUACCUACAUUUUCUCUUUAAAUGUGUGCUCACGUAUUCCUCAAAUUUUCCUAUUUUUUUCUCAUUAUGUUAUUUAAUAACAAAUUACCAUUUUCAAUGAAAUUUUAAUUUGCGUGGUCCAUCCCCUUCUCUUCCCUCAAAAUUAAAUUGUUUUUAAAAUUUUCAAAGGAAUAUCAUUUUGUUUUUCCUAAUUUAAAAUUACGUAUAACUUCAGUAUGUUCCACAAUCAAAAAAUUUCUCUGCAGAUAGGUACCAUAUAAAAUUAGAAAAAAAAGGUUCCUCUGAUAAAAAACGACUUGAAGGGAAAGAAAAUAUUUAUGGUAGAAGUAACCAGACAUGCAGGGGGCAGGGAGAAAUUUUCCACUUCUCUUUCAUCCUCAUGACCUAUCUGUCUCUGAUUUUAUUAAACUAUCUUCCAGUUUUAUACUUUUAAGUUAUAGCAUUCCUACGGGUUAAUAAUACUUGUUUAUAAAACGAUACUGUUGUGAUACUGCGCGUUUAUUGUUAAAUUUUUUUGUUAACGUUUCUGUCUUUUCAUUUCUUAUUUUACUAACUCAACAAAUUUCCAAAUAUCCGUGUGUAUUUUUGUGUAGGUACUUUAUAUUUACCUACCUACCGUUUUUAUUUAAAGACAAUGAACAUAUUACUGUACCUAAAAUUAUAUAGUUAAGAUUGGAAUAAUGUUUUUUAUGGUUGUUUUUUUGUUUUAUUUACUUUUUACUUUUUUUUUAUCAUUGAAUAAGAUAUCACUCGAUUAUAUCGUUACAAAUUGUGUGAUUACUCGAUUUACCUUCUUAUCGAUUUACCUAAUUCUAGUUGUUCAUCUUGGUAAAAUACUCAAAGUACUAUGAAGUAGAAUUCUCAAUCUUAUCUAUAUCAAUAUCAUCUUUCCAUUAUCAUCGUUUUAUUAUUACAUUUGAAUAAAUAAGAGGACAUGAAACAUUAAUUUUGUAUCGAUGAACUAUGCUUAAAAAUACCUACCUACCUACUGUUUUGUAAAAGAACAUCGUAAUUUACAUUAACGCGACGUUACAAAUUUUCAAAUUAUAUCGUAGGUAUGUAUAAUUUUUUUAAAAAAAUGUUAUGUAAAUUAAUGAUUUUCAAUAGAUUGUUUUCAUUUUUUA